AUGAAGGAAGCUGGGCGCAAAUUGCAAAAAAGUUUCCAAAAAGAGACAAUAGAGCCUGUUAUAAUCGAUGGCAUAAUCAUGCCAACCCGAAUAGUAGGAACUUUACUGUCUGUCAAAUCAAGUAUUGUUGAUCAUACGCGUAUACCAAUAUCAAAACUUUAUUGCUUUUUAACAGUUAAAGCGGGUCCUCUGAAGAAAUGGGAAAUAGAAAAGUUGAGAGAGAAUUAUACGCUUUUUGGUAACAAAUGGAGUUUUGUUGUUAGAGAUUUAAAGGGCAGGUCCCCUUUACAAGCCAAAAAUUUUUUUAACGCGGAAAAGAGGUCUUUGAAAUCGGUCAAGAAGAGAAUGUCAGUCGUUCGAAUAGUGAAUGAAAAUGACUCUACAAAGGUCGACAUUCCAGAAUCUUUUAAGGCAUUGUUCUUUGUUGAGGACAACAGGCUGUUAGAUGCUCGCUGUCCGUGA